UUUCAGCUCUUCUGAGUGCACAAGGUAGUUUACCUGAACCUCAGCCUCCUCUUUUUUUUUCCCUUUGGCUCUUAUGGCACGAAGUUUCUACGAAGCCAACGUUAAAACCUAGAGGGCAGCUGAGGUUCUGAAAGCUGUAACUGGCCUUUCCCUUAAGUCUUUCCCCCUAAACGUAAUUUUGAUACCUCAGCUUCUCUCCUCUGUUCGUUAAAUUGUGCAUAACGGGUAUUUCCGGUUCUAAAAGUUUCAAUUUCAUGGCAAUGUUUUUUGUCUUUCUUCUUGGUCAUUUUCAUGAUAAUACGUCAUUCGUCAUGUCCUUCCGGUGCCACUGCUUCCCAACCGGUCCCACAAGUCUGGAAAGUGAAGUCGGAAAAAGCAGAGACGCUGGAUGCAGGUUAGGCUCAAGUCCAUCUGUGGCCCCGGAACAAGGGAACAAGCCGUUCUCACGGCUACCCUACCCCCACCCGCGGAGGACACAGCUCCCAGGGAAGGAGCCACCCGCCGGCUGCGCCACCCUCGCGGCGGCACCCACCCCUUCGCAAGUCGCAUGCCGCACGCCACGGUGAAGCGGAAGGCACGGCCCGACUGCUUUACUGUCCACAGCCGCUCUAGGCCCAGAUCCUCCGCCCCACGAUCGCUCCCGCGUACCUGGGCCCCAGUACUGGGGACGCCGCGUAGGCUCAGGCCUGGGACACUUCGCACUUCCCUUCUCCACCGCGUUCAAAGCCAUGGGUCCGGAUGCCGUUUCCCUUUCCCUUUACACAGUGCCUCUUCUUCGCUGUCAUACCGGUUGGGGUAUAACCCCACUUCCUGCUCCUAGAUAGCAACAGAAGCGUAGUUCCAGGCGAACCGCGUCACGACUCAGGCGGAAUCCAUUUUAAAAAUUCCGCGAGCAAGGGUCCCUUUUCCCAGCAUGCAAUUCCUCAUGCGCCUCCUUGGGCUGCGCCGCAGAGUCCUCUGGGAAAUAAAUGUAGUUAGCAUAAAGGGAAUUCUCAGACGUAGAGGCGGGACGCCAGGCUCCCCGGCAUGCAACGCUUUGCUGUCCUACUAGUGCUGUGCCCCACUUCUGGAAAAUGUAGUUCACCUGGAGGUAACUGGGUGAGUCAGUCUUGGGUGUGUUCUGCAUUCCCUCCCUCCCUCCCUCCCUGCCUGGCGCUGAAGAUUGCACCCAGGGCUUUUGAGUUGAAGUUAAUUUGUAUUUUGAAAAGGGCUUGUUAAAUUUCCUUGGCUGGACUUGAACUUGUGAUCCUCCUCAUCCCCCAGAGUGCUGGGAUUACUGGUACAACGAAGAGCUUUGACACCUGUUUCUUAAUUCCUGAAUGUCAUCUCUUUCUUCGUAUGACUUUUUCUUUCUAACUCUUAAUUCUUACUCAGUCACACAAAGGAUACUGGUAUUCUGCCAUUUUACCCAGAACGUUGGUAUUUACAAUUUAACACUGUUAAGUCUUUAACCCUUGACUAUGAGUGUGUUGUUUAAUUUCCAGAUAACUGAGGAUAUGCCAGUUUUCUUUCCGGUUUUGGCUUCUAGUCUCAUUAUAUUCUGGCCAGAAACAUUACUUCAUAUGAUUUGCAUCUUCUUAAAUGUGUUGACUUCAUAUGAUUUACAUCUUCUUAAAUGUGUUGACUCUAGAGAGUAUGCUGCUGUUCUCGGCUGGCAUGUUCUACCUAUGAUUGCCAGGUCUAAUUGGGCCUAAAUGUUGCUCAAGCCCUCUCUUUCGUUGUUGAUUUUCUGCUUUUUUUCUGAUUCAAAGCAGAGUAUUCAAGACCCUAUUAUUGUGUUGCUGUAUAUUCUUGCUUCAGUUGGGUGAGUGGAGCUUCAUCUAAGACAGAGGCCUGACAUUGGGUUGUCAUAUAUUCCUUGUGAGUGAGUUCUUGACAAUUGUGUAUGUUCUUCCUUGUCCUGAUAAUUUAGAGUGCAUGUUGUAGAGCUAAAGGAUCUGCUCAAAAUCUUUUGUUUUCUGAGGGGGAGCUUUUGGAAGGUAGAGGAGCACAGAAGUGCUAUUCUCAUCAGUGGAUGAGUUCAUAAACACACCUGUUGUUAGGAUCUGGGGCCCAGGUGGAGGAGAUGGCUCCAGGUGAGGGUAUAUCGCUGCCUCUGCCUCUGUCCUGUCACUGCUUGUCAGAGGUAGAGAAGCUGUCAUGGCUGUCAUGGGUUGAGAAGCUUUUCUCCUCCAGGCCCUCCCACCAUGCUGUCUCUGAUUUGGAGCCAGCAGAAUAUAGGAUGAAACUUGUGAAGCUGUGAACCAAAAUACGUUCUUCCUCUUUUGAGUUUUGCAUGCCAGAUAAUUUGUCUGGCAAUGAGAAAUCUAAUAUGUUUGUCUCAUAUUCUAAUAUUUUAUUUAAAGUCUGUUCUGUUCAGUUUUACUAUCAGGACCUGUAGUUUCUCCUGGUCACUUUUUGUAUCUAAUUUUUUCCAUUUUGCUUUUAGUGCACAUGUGUCCCUAGACCUAAUGUGAGUGUCUUGUGGUCAGCAUGCAGUUGAGUCUUGUUUCUUGCACUCAUCUAACCAAAUUAUGUGUUUGCUUUAGGGGCUUUAACACACACACACACACACACACACACACACAUAUAUAUAUAUAUAUAUAUAUAUAUAUUUUUUUUUUUUUUUUACUUGCAUGGUUUUUUCCCAAAUUCAUUUUACUUCAAAGAGAAAAAAAAAAAAAAAAACCCAAAAUUUCAAAACACAUCAGUGGACAACAAUGAUGCAUACAUUGCAUAUUGCCAUUCCCAAAUCAGUCACUCAAAGCAAAAGACAACUGCUUUCAAUUGUCCUAACAGUACCAGUGUAAACAUUUCUCUUCAAUGAACUCAGAGAAAUCAGUAGUAUAGCUAUCUUAACUGUAUUAUAUAUAUAGUUUCUUUCGGCUUCUUACAUUAGUGAAACAAUACGAUAUUUACUCAUAAUUACAAAUUAAUAUUUAAAGGAAUUGUUGAAACAAUGGGACCUAUUGCUGUUUGGUUAGUGGCUUCUUAUAGAUUUUGUAGGAGUUUUGUCUGUUUUUUCCCUUGGUACCUUCCUUUGUGCUUUACUAUUUUUUAGUGACAUGUUCUGAUCUCUUUUUGAUUUUCUUUUGGUUUCUUUUCAAUAGAGACUUUCUUUGUGAUUAUCUCAAGUAUUAUAUAAAGCAUCCUAAAGUUACAAGAGUAUAUUUUAACUGAAACUUUAUUUAUAUAUAAAACUCCACUUCUUUGUAUGUCUGCAUGGUGUAUUAUUGAUGCCACAAAUGAGAUCUUUUAUAUUGUGUAUCCAUCAACACAGAUUUAUGAGUAUUUUUAUGCUUUUGUUAUUUAAAAUAUACAGGAAAAUUAAAAGAAUUUUAAUGCACUACCAUUACGAUGCUAUGGUAUAUAUAUUUUCACUUAAUAGAGAGCUUUAGGUUAUUUUUAUAUGUUGAAACACCUAUGUAUAAAUUUCAGUGUUGCUGCUUAACUUUGCAAUGUAAAUGCGUGCCUUACUUUAGCAUUUCUUAUAAAACAUGUGCAGUGCUAAUACAUUUCUGAAUCUUUUGUUUAUCUGGGAAAUUUUAAUUUUUCUUUUACUUUGAGGCAGUUUUUCAUCCAAUCAGCAUCCUGAAUGUAUGUCCCCUCUAAACUGAAAGAGUUUUUUGUUUGUUUGUUUGUUUUUACUGGAAAUAUGCAGAUAAUCUUAUCAGAGUGUUCUUACUUUUUAAAAAAAUAAUGCUUAUCCACUUUUGGAAUUCUCUGUCAUGGUGUUUGCCUUUGUCAAGUUGAUCAAUAUAAGAAUACAAAAAACAUAAAGAAGAAGUUGGCAGAGAACCCAAAGAGCUAUUUCCCAAUGGAAACAAACAAAUGCCAUAUAGCAUAGAAGAAUCUGGAAGAUGUUCUGUUAAUCGAAAUAAGCCAGACACAGAAAGACAAAUACUCUAUGGCAUGACCCCAAAUAUAUGAGUGGAAAAGGUUUCAACUCAUAAAAAUGAAGGGUAGAACAGUGGUUACCAGUGGCUAGGACAUGGCACAAUGUGGGGAGACAUUUCCCAAAGGAUGUAAGAUUUCAGUUAGAGUCAGUUCAAGAGGUCUAUUGUACAACAGACUGAGUAUUCAGUAACAGUGUAUUCUAUUCUUGUGAAUCCCUAAGAGAACAGAUUAUGUGUUAUUAUCACAAAAAUGUGAGAUAGUGCAUCUAUUAAUUAGGUCAAUAUAGCCAUCUCACUUUAUAUGUAUUUUAAACCAAUGAGCUGUAGAAAAUAAAGGUGUCAUUUUAAGGUGUCAAUUAAAAUUGCAACAACAUAGAAUUUAUAUACUUUGCUGCUAUUUCUUCAUCUUUCAGAUCUCAACAUUUUCUGCUUCCACCACACUACACUGUUCUCUUGUCGGGCAUUAUGGCAAAGGAAGAGGUUCUCCAAAGCAUUGAAACUCUCUCUAGAGAUGCUCAGAGAAACUUCUGAUUGUUUCUGGGAAUUAGGAACUGUCAAAACUUUUUUGUUUUUUGUUUUGUUUUGUUUUUAGCUUAGUCUCCACAGACCAGUUGUGCACGCACUGUCAUCCAAAUGACAAUGAUGUUUCUGUGGGGAGUUGAAAUCACAAAAUCAAGACCCCAUAUUUCUAAGUGGGGCUGCCUUCCUCCACAAAGCCAGUGGUGUCAUGACCACUACCUGAGCGUGUGGUUCUGGAAGGAGGAAAGAGAGGAGUAUUUCUUGUUCCAGUCUGUGAAACCAGAUCCUUUAAGGAAAUGAGCUGCAUCCCAGCAUGUGUCUGGCAAGGCCUUGCAUCUGGAAGAGUGAUUCAUUUGUGAUUCAUUUGUGGUGACAGCCACACAGGGAGGGAGGGAGGAAGGAAGAUUCCUGAGUGUGGACGGAGCUUGGAGGUCAGAGACCCGCACCAGUCUCUAGCUUCUUCCGAAGGGUUUUCAUAUAAUGAGCACUGAUGAUUGUGGUGGGAGAUUGUUCCAAGCAUAAUGAUGUCUAAUUUGUAAGGUGCUUAAGACUGUAAUUUAGAAAUCAGUCUGCUAUUCAACUUGUUCUACAGAAACCAGGGAAAAACUUAACGAGCAGUAUUGUUACUAAAGUAAAAUUCUGUGUGUGUGAUAAUGCCUGUGACGGAUCAGUGCAUACAGAUGUGAUCGGAUGGCAGUUGCUGUGAUAAGAAAAUUCCCUCAAUGCUUUGGAUGUGUUAAAUGGGAAUGAUAAUGGGAUCUCUUUGAAAAUAUCUGUAGUCUGUAGAUCAAGGUUGGGCCAUUUUCCUCUCUGAAGGUAGGAGAGAGAGACUGCCAGGAAAAGUUAACGUUGUACUUGAGAGAAUCACACUAUGUCAAAAUUAAGGAGUUCUGGUUGUUUCAGACUCAAAAGUGUCUUGUGUUAUUUCUUUGGGUUGUAAAAUUUUCAGAGCAAUUUUCAGGACAAACUUUGCCUUUAUGCCCUGGGCACACAGCAGAUUUGAAGCCUCAGAAUUUUGUUCUGUGUACUUGUCUUGUAUUUUACCACUGUUCCUGAAUUACUUAUUACAUUUUCUUUGUUUUUCUGAAAUAAGACACACGUAAUUAUAGGCUAUCUAAUGCAGAUUACAUUAGUUUCUAAAAUAAGAUAUUUUAUCUCAUUUAAAUUUCAUGUACUUUAGCUUAGACCCAAAUCCAGAUAUUAUGACCAGUUUCUCUGAUAGAUACUAAUGGAAAAAAUGUUGUAUCAUUAUGGUUUUUAUCUUUACAUCGAUUCAUGAUAAUCUAGCCACAGGAAAUCGUUUAGGGGAUCACUUUUUAAUGGUCUUUAAAUCUUCAUUCAUAAGUGAUACUGGUAUAUGGAAGAAACAUUUAUAUAUAAAUGAAAAAUUAUCACCUUUAAAAUCAUUCAAUAAGCAGAUCUUAAAAAUGACAAGUUAUCCCUCUGUGUGGGUGGUCCUGUAUGACCACCACCAUGUCUUUAUGACAAUAGAGCACAAGAAAAAGCAUAAGAUUCAUGCAGCCUGGCUGUGAGAUUUAAGUCCGUUUUUUAAGGGUAUUUAAGAUGAAUCAUAUGAGCUUUUGGUUAAACCACUUUUGCGUGUAGAAGGAAAAUAUUAUUAACCCUAACUGAUCGUGUUCUGUGUAUUAAAGAAGUUGGAAUAGGUAAUUAUUAAGUAUUAUGACCUAUGCACUGUGAGUGCUCUGAAAAAACACAUCAGCCUUUAGAUGUGGACUUGGUGCCACACUCCUGUAAUCCCUGUGCUCUGGCAGGCUGAGUCAGGACGAAUGUAACCUCAUGGCUAGCCCAUGAAAUUUAGUGACUUAUUGAAAACAUGCGCAAAAUAAAAACAAACAAAUAUCUGCAGAGGUAGCUCAGUGCAAUGGCCCUGGGAUUAAUGUCCAGUACUAGAGGAUAAAAGAGUGUAGAAGACUUUGAAGAACCUCUUAGCAGUGAAUUUGUGAGGAAGAAUAUUGGUAAGUGAAGAAUUUUGAAUUUAACAUUUUAUGUAAUACCUCACAAUUUAUUUUUCCAUUCAGACUCAUGUGUUUUAAAUGUUAAGUCCAGGACAAUCGUAAAAUGGCUUCAGUGGACUGGGAAUUUGGAGUGAUCUUCCUUCUCCAAGUCGUCAUCGGAACCCCGGGGAAUUUUGCACUCUUGUAUCAUUAUUGCCUCCUUUGCUUCUGUUGAUGCAGAUCCAGGUCUAUAGAUGUGAUCCUCAGGUACCUGAUGGUGGACAACUCCCUUGUUCUCUCCCACGGACUCCCAGAGACCAUGUCAGAUUUUGGGUUGAGACACUUCCUCAGAAAUGUUGGAUGCAAACUUGUUUUCUGUGCUCACAGAGUGGGCAGGGUGUGUCCAUGGACAGCACCUGCCUGCUGAGUGUCUUCCAGGCCAUCACCAUCAGCCCCAGGAGCUCCAGGUGGGCAGAGCUAAAAGUGAGAGCCCUGAAGUGCCCUGGCUUGGCUAAUAGCCUCUGCUGGGUCCUGCACAUGCUGCUAAACACCAGAGUUCCUACGCUUGUGACCCAUAAAUGGAACACCAGAAACAUCACGAAAGCUAUCAAUUUUUAGUUCUGUGCAAGUGCCCUGCCUGACAGAAACUCAGGUUCAGAUUUUGGCACAUCCAUAUUUCAUGACAUUUCAUGUUGGGCACUCAUGUCUGGGCCAGGGGCGCCAUGGUUUUCAUUCUGUACUGUGGGGGAUGAGGUGUCACUUUGUAGGCCCAACCCCCUCUAACCUGCAAUUUACAAUAGCCCCCCGGUAUGCGAGACCGAGGUAGGACAGGAAUGCCUGUUAUCAGUGAGAUCUCUCACCCUCUGGAAACCAUACUGUGAGCUGGCUUUGUUUUGCAGAAGUCUUGAGGAAGUGGCUGGCCACCCUUUGUGACACUAACAGCAGACAAAUUAACAACAUUCUUGAGCUAAUGAAUUUCUUCCUGGGCUAGAGAAGUUAGGAGAACUGGUUGUGAUUAUUUGCUUCACUUAGAUAGUUUAGAAUAAACAUUGUAGUCUGUCACAUUGUAGCUUGUCACAAAGAAUGCCUUUUCACUACUUAAUUAUCUGGGCUCUGUGACCUGAUCCGGUUUACUAUAUAUGAAUCUUAAAAUAAAGAUUGUGCGUGCAGUGCAGUGCAACGCGGUGCAGGCAGUAAAGGUGCCGUGUCUCUCCUGUCUUCCUUUCCGAGUGCUGCACCCCCCGUGUCCCAAUCAGGCGUGUUUGCGUGUUUACCUUUCCCGGAGUUCAGAGUACCCUAGAUACUCACGACAAGUGGCGCCCGAAUUCAGGGACUCCGAAGGUUGCUUAGGAAGCUUAGGGAAAUGAAUCCUUUAAAGCUUAAUUGGAAAAAUGAUGACCCAAUUUGGAUAGAUCAGUGGCCUCUGACUACUCAAAAGUUACAGGCAGCGCAGGAAUUGAUUGAUCAACAACUUUCUCUACAUCACAUAGAACCAUCCACAUCUCCUUGGAAUUCUCCAGUAUUUGUGAUAAAAAAGAAAUCAGGCAAGUGGAGACUUUUAACAGACUUACGUGUUGUAAAUUCAUCCUUAUUUCAAAUGGGGGCACUUCAGCCCGGCAUUCCUUUACCCUCAGCACUCCCCGCUGGUUGGUUUGUAUAUGUUAUAGAUUUACAGGAUUGUUUCUUUAACAACCACUACAUCCAGAAGAUAGAAAACGGUUUGCUUUUUCAAUUCCUCAAACAAAUUAUCAAAGACCUUAUCAAAGAUAUCAGUGGAGAACUUUACCCCAAGGAAUGAAAAAUUCCCCAACUAUAUGUCAAAUUUAUGUUGAUGCAGCAUUAAAACCAGUGCGUGCACGAUGGCCUCAGGUUUAUACGGCUCAUUUCAUGGAUGAUAUUUUAUUCUCAUAUAGUGAUAGAAAUGUUUUAGAAGAUAUUUUAAAAACUUUACCUCAAUAUUUUUCUCCAUUUGGACUUGUAAUAGCACAGGAUAAAAUUCAAAAGGAAGAAGUUAGUCAUUAUUUGGGAUAUAUUCUUACUAGACAAAAGGUGAUUCCACAGAAAAUGUCUAUUAGGAGAGAUAAGUUAUCCACUUUAAAUGAUUUUCAAAAAUUAUUAGGGGCUUAUUAUUAAUUGGCUUCGUCCCACACUAGGUAUUCCUACCCAUGCAUUACAGCAUUUGUUUGCUACUCUACAGGGCUCUUCAGAUCCAUCCAGCCCUCGUUCUUUAACAGCAAAAGCAGAGCAAGAAUUACAGUUUGUAGAACAACGAAUUAAGGAUGCAUUUUUAAUUAGGAUUGAUCCUAAAUUGCCUUUAACUUUAUAUAUUAUUAAUACUUUUCAAUAUCCCUCUGCAGUUUUAGGUCAGAAUGCUAUGCCAGUAGAAUGGGUAUUCACUAAAACUAAGCAAUCUAAAAAUGUCACACCGUAUAUCGAUAUGGUUGCAGCUUUAAUUAUGAAUGGUAGAACUCAUUCUAUAACUCUGAUAGGAGAAGAUAUAAACAAUAUAGUUAUCCCUUUAACUAAGGAACAAUGGGAAUAUUUGUUGUCAAUUACUGAAACCUUACAAAUUGCUUUAGCAGAUUUCAUGGGAACUUUUUCGUAUCAUUUUCCUAAAAGUAAAUUAUGGGAUUUUUUUAGACGUCAACAAUUUGUGGUUAAUACUUUAUUAGCUGUACAGCCAAUUCCACAAGCUUUGACUAUAUUUACAGAUGGAUCUAAAAAUAAAGCUGCAUAUUGGACUCAAAAAUCUUAUUGGGUACGUCAAACAAAUUUUAUCUCUGUGCAACAAAAUGAACUUUUUGCUAUAUUGCAAGUGUUUUUAGAUUUUCCUGAUCAACCUAUUAAUAUUAUAGCUGAUUCAGCCUAUUCUGUUGGAGUAGUGACAAAUAUCUAUUCAGCUGUGUCAUAUUCUAAUAAGCCUGCCUUAUUGUCUUUAUUUCAGAAUUUACAAAUACAUGUUCAAAAAAGAAAUCAUUCUUAUUUUAUUACUCAUUUACGUUCUCAUUCUCAGUUACCUGGACCAUUAGUAUCAGGUAACAAUACAGUGGAUUCCUUAGUUAUGUUCACUACACCUGUUGAAGAACAUCAAUUUAAUCAUGCGAAUGCAGGACAUUUGCAUCUUAAAUAUAAGAUACCUUUUACAGAAGCUAAACAGAUUGUAAAAGCCUGCCCUAUUUGUAGACCAUUACAUUUAAGAAUUAUUCCCGCAGGUGUCAACCCUCGAGGAACUCAACCUAAUGAGUUAUGGCAAAUGGAUAUUACACAUGUAUCUUCUUUUGGUCGGCUUUCUUAUGUACAUGUAGUUAUUGAUACCUAUUCUUCAUUUCUAUGGGCUACUGCUCAACAGGGAGAAUCCACUAAAAAUGUUAUUGUACAUUUAUUGGAGACUUUUGCAGUUAUGGGAAUUCCUUCUAAAAUCAAAACAGAUAAUGGACCUGCUUAUACUAGCAGAACAUUUAAACAAUUUUGUGAUCUCCAUAAUAUUAUUCAUAUUACAGGGAUUGAAUAUAACCCCCAGGGUCAAGCUAUUGUUGAAAGAGCACAUGGCACUCUUAAGUUGCAAAUUAAAAAAUUAAAAAGGAGGAGUCAGGAGGAUAUUCAGAUACCAAUACUGUUUAAAUUGCAAAACAGUCCAAAAACAUUACUGCAUCAAGCAUUGUUUAUUUUAAAUUUUCUCAAUUUACCACAAGGUGAAAUAUUAACAAGAGCUGAAAGACAUUUCAAACAGCAACAACAGCCAUAUGUAAUUAAUGAACCUAUUUGGACUAAAACAGCCCCAGAGGCUGAAUGGGAGAAGGGCACACUGCUCUAUAAGGGGAAAGGUUUUGGUUAUAUCUCCACAGAACAUGGAAUUCAGCAGUGGGUCCCUGGACGAUGGAUCAGGAUCCGCACCUCCAGACCCUGUUCGCCAGUCCCGGAGACAACUCCCCCAGGAACCGUGUCUUCAGAAGCGAGCGCGAAACCAGCUAGAGGCUGAGGAUGCUGAGCUUGUUCCUGUCACAGCCAUGGCCAGAUUACAGCUAAGAAAUUCCCGCCGCUCACAGCGACCAAAUUUAAAUCGCCUCCCUACAUGGGGGCAAAUAAAGAAAUUGACCAUAGAAGGGCAACGGCUUGUCCUUCAAGCAGGAAAGCCUUUAAACCCUGAAAACUUGUUUUUAGCUUUAUGUGCCUUGCUCACCGUUGCAUCGGGGACUGAGGUACCCCCACAUUCUUAUUGGGCCUAUAUUCCAAAUCCCCCUUUAUUAGAACCUGUAAAAUGGGGAACUAGUGAUAUUUUACUUUAUACUACACCUAGAGAAAUUUUGUCAGCACCGUGGGCUGAUUUAACCCCCCACAAUCAAGAUGAUGGGACAUUAUUCAAUUUUACUUAUUAUGGUAAUCAAAGGCCUAUUUGCAUUGGAGAACCACCUUGCAUCCCUCUGGGAUGGCAGUAUUGGAUUCAACAUGGAAUAAAAGCAGGCAGCAAAAGGACAAGGCUUCAAGCCUUGGCUGCUCAAACCUUUAAUGUUACCUGGAGAAAUUUAACAGCGCCUGAUACAGAUACAUUUCCUGUAUGCCCUGAUUUCACUUAUAAGAAUAUUUCUUAUUAUCCCAUAAUUUGGCAACAGUGUAUGGGAAAGUUUGCUAAAAAUAUUGAUGGAUAUAUUAUUUGGGGACCAUUUGGAAAAUUCGUUAAUGGAUGUGCUGAAUGGAAUGAGACAAGAUGUAAUCUCUCUGUUGUGUAUAGUCUUCCAGAUCCAAAGAAAAUAACUGACGGAGCUCCUAUCUUGCCUCAGAAGACGCCUCUUUUGUGGUGGGGAGAUGGUGGAAUCGCUAACCCUGCUGUUGCAGCCGAAGAAUACCCUCAUCACCUCCAAAAUCAUAUUUGGAAGAUUCCAGCCGCUAUGCAACCUGUAACCUUGUACAAUGUUUCCUAUUCAGGGACUAGUCGAUCUGUAUCUACUACUUAUAAUUUUACUAGGUUUAAAAUGUAUAAUAUUACUGUUUGUGCACCUCUGCCUUAUGUCUUUUUAGUGGGAACUUUUAAUUUUACACAUUUUUCUUGUACUUGUUUAAAUUGUCAAUUGUUUACCUGUUUAAAUAGCACAUUGAAUUUCACUAAGCCUUAUACAGCUAUGCUGUUACAACAAAAAACUCAUAUUUGGUUGCCUGUAAAUUUAACUCGACCAUGGUCUCAAGACCCAGUAAUUUCUGUUACUACUGAAUUUUUUCAACAUCUGUUAAAACGUACAAAAAGAUUUAUUGGAAUAGUGGUUGCUGUACUGUUAAGUCUGAUAACUGUAGUCUCCCUAGCAGCAGUCUCAGGAAUAGCUUUACAAACCUCUUUGCAAGAAAAACAUGUUGUAGAAUUAUGGCAUGAAAAUUCUCAUGAACUUUGGUUAACUCAGUGGCAAAUAAAUGCCAAACUACAGCAGCAAAUAGACCUCCUUAAACAAACAGUUGAAUGGAUGGGUAGAAAAAUAUUGGCUCUUCAGCAUCAAGUGUUUUUAAAAUGUGAUUGGAAUUCAACUACUUUCUGUAUAACCCAACGACCUUAUAAUCAAACAGAACAUGAAUGGGAAGUGAUUAAAAUGUAUCUAAAUGGAAACACCUCUGCCCAGGAGGAAAUAGAAUCUUUGCAUAAUCAAAUUGACAAGGAUUUUGCAAAGCAAAAUGAUGAUGAAUCCCUGGCACAAUUCGCGCAAUUGCUUGCUCAAUCUUUGAAAGGAUUAGAUUCCAAAGGAAUCUGGCAGAGCAUAACCCACACUUUAAGUGGCAUGGGACUUAGUUUAAUUAUAGUUUUCACUGCCAUAGUUCUUGUGUAUUUUUACUGCAUAAGACGAAAUACUAUUAAUAACCUGGUCUUAUGGAAAUUGUUGUUAAAAAAUAAAAAGGAAGGAAGUGUGGGGGACGAGGUGUCACUUUGUAGGCCCAACCCCCUCUAACCUGCAAUUUACAAUAGCCCCCCGGUAUGCGAGACCGAGGUAGGACAGGAAUGCCUGUUAUCAGUGAGAUCUCUCACCCUCUGGAAACCAUACUGUGAGCUGGCUUUGUUUUGCAGAAGUCUUGAGGAAGUGGCUGGCCACCCUUUGUGACACUAACAGCAGACAAAUUAACAACAUUCUUGAGCUAAUGAAUUUCUUCCUGGGCUAGAGAAGUUAGGAGAACUGAUUGUGAUUAUUUGCUUCACUUAGAUAGUUUAGAAUAAACAUUGUAGUCUGUCACAUUGUAGCUUGUCACAAAGAAUGCCUUUUCACUACUUAAUUAUCUGGGCUCUGUGACCUGAUCCGGUUUACUAUAUAUGAAUCUUAAAAUAAAGAUUGUGCGUGCAGUGCAGUGCAACGCGGUGCAGGCAGUAAAGGUGCCGUGUCUCUCCUGUCUUCCUUUCCGAGUGCUGCACCCCCCGUGUCCCGAUCAGGCGUGUUUGCGUGUUUACCUUUCCCGGAGUUCAGAGUACCCUAGAUACUCACGACACUGUACAAGCAUGAUCAGUGGAUCCACCAUAUCUGCAGACACAGCAUCUCUUCAGAACCUUCCCCCUAGACCAAAGCCGCUUAGGGUGUCCUCCUCCUGGUGAGUGUCUUCCUCCUCUUCUACACCCUGUCUUCUGUCAACCAUGCUUUUUUUUCUCUUUAUGAUGAGAGUACCUGGUGGCUGACCAGAACUUCAUCCUUCAUCAAUGCUUCUUUUCCCACUACUGUGGAAAGGAGCCCUUUCAUUCUCAAGAGUCAUGGAGUUGGUGUAUAUAGGCUCAUUUGGAAGAAGUGAGCAAAUAUCUCAGUUCUCUAGACCUUUGACUCUGUCUACUUUUCAUUCAUUCAGUCUUGGAUGAACUCAAAUGUCACAGAACCUUAGAGCAAUCAUGAACCAGUCUGAUUGCGGAGAGAUGUCUAUUAAAAGUGAUAGCCAGAUCAAUUGAUUAGUAGCAAUACUAAGUGAAAUUCUUUAUUUCACUUUUUGACAACCUUUAUUUUUUGACACAAUAUUAUUUUAAAUUUUGAGUAUUGUUGAUUUGGAAUUUCUUUGCAACCCUCAAUAAUUUGAAGGGGUUUUAUUAUAUUUUUAUUCUGUGUAAGUGUGUAUGUCAUUAAUUACCACACAUUUAAGUCAGUCUUUUAUCAUUUAGUAUUUUUUUGUCUCUUCUCUCCACUCUUGCAGGAUCCUUGGUGUAUCCUAAUAUGUCAGAUGCUGACCUCCAUCUUACAUUUUACCAUGCCACAUCUAUUUUAUGUAAAUAAUUAUUUAAAAAGUCAUUAUACUUUGACACAUCACUAUUAAUUUUAACUUGCAUUAUUGUAUGAUUAACACAUAUUUAUAUAUGUACAGCUUCUUAGCCAUACUUUUCAAAAACUAUUUCCAGACAGAGUUGAACAUAUUUGUAAACAUGUUAGCUUCCAGUCUUUACUUCCUGAGUGCUUCCUUUACAAUUUUGGCUACUUCCCACAUUUGCCUAAUUGAAAGAUUUGUCACUUUUUUGGGGUAUACUUUUUAAUUGUAAUAAAAAGCAAUAUUUUGAAAUUAA